UUGUUUACAAAAUGGAAGAAUUUAGGGGCUGCAAUCUGGACUACUUUCCCGAAAACAUUUUAAUCGAUGUCUUGUCCUACCUGAACGUACGAGAGGUCGUCAAAGCCGGGAGGGUAUGUAAGAGGUGGAAACGCCUUGUUAAAGACCAAAGACUGUGGAGAAAUGUCGACCUGACUUCAUGGAAAGGGGUGACAUCCCGCAUCCUUUGGGUCCUGCUGCGUCAGUACCUGGGUUGCGGACUAAGGUGCCUUCGCUUGCGUGGUUUGCUGCUGUCCGCACGUGGCGGAACCUUUCUCUCUGAGUCUUGGCUUAAAGCUUUGUCCACAAAAUGCCCUCGACUGAGUAAGCUCUAUCUUCUGCAUGCAGACCUGAGAAGCCUGCCCAGUUGCCAGAUCCUACCUCCAUCUUUGCAGGUGCUGGAGCUGCGGGGUUGUGAGCUGCCUCGUGGCUUCUUCAAUCAGACCCUGCCAUCAGCUAGUCCCCAAGAAAGAGCAGAACCCACAUCCAGUGUUGGUGCUCAACUGAAAGGAAGGAACCAGAAAGGAAAAGGGGCUGGCUCUCCUUCAGGGAUUGGUAUUGAGAGGUUAGUCCUUAACAAUGUGCCCUCUUUUACAGACCAGCACCUGCAGGGUCUGACAUCAUGGGAGAGGCUCUGUCAUCUAGAGCUACGUGACACCUUUCGUGUAACAGCUAAUGGGCUUAGAAGCUGUGCUGCCAAAGAUGGUGUCUGUGGUGUAGAAGGGCUUUCCAGGCUCAAGUUUCUGGAAAUAGGCAUUACAGGGCGGCAGGGCUACCAGUUACAUAUGGCCUCCCUUGGCUUGGGGGCUGGCUGGCUUGGGCUGGAGGAGCUAAGUCUUGGUGGAAAAGAGGUGGGUCCAGGUUUGCUCUGCGCCAGCCGCUUGAAAGACCUGAAACGUCUGCGCCUGUGGGACUGCACACUCAGCGAGCUGCAGAUAGCCCGGAGCUGCAGGAUGCUCCGUGGACUUCGCCAGCUGGAGUUUGUGGACGUCAGGUUCCAGCCUCGUCAGAAUCCACCAGCAGAAGAGGGGGAGGGCGGUGAGGAAGAAGAGCAGGACAGAGAAGAAGCUGCAGGUGCAGAUGGCAGCAGCGACGAGAACAAGAUGGCAGAUAUGAAUGAUCCUAUUCCAGGUCUGCGUCGCACACUGGCUGUCCUGCUGCCAUCCUGCACACUGGUGCUUACCAACUGCUCUGUUCAGAAUAAUGAAGAUUGAAUGAAGCUAUAUGCUGCUAUAUACAAGCAACCCACAUGGGAUUAAAAAUAAAUAAAUAAAACAAUAACAACAAAAAACUGUUACAUAGGCUUUUAGAUCAUGUUGAUAUAAGUAGAACCCGAUUCAGAAUGCUCUGUCAACUUUUUCUGACAAUGCCACAAUAAGUCCAUAAAUAAAUAAAAAAAUAAUUUUAAAAGUC